AGCUGCGGGGCAAAAGCAGGGCGCACAACAAUUUUUUUUAACAAUUUGACUUGGAAUAUUUUAUCUUUUCUGUCUAUUCAUUCCAGGUCAGCCCCACUACAAGCAGCCAACAGAUCGGGAUCAGCGGAAUCGAGACAAACGAACCAUAACGUAGAAUCUUCCAGUGGCAACUAAUUGAUGGCCUUGUCAGAUGUCUCGUUCAGAACGCUGUGGCUGGCUGCUGCUGCUCUGCGUAUCAUUCUCUUAGUGUACGGCGAAUGGCAAGAUCGGCAUUUUGUUGUCAAGUAUACAGAUAUCGACUACCUGGUGUUCACUGAUGCAGCCAGACACAUCACACAAGGCGAAUCGCCAUAUAACCGAGCUACAUACCGCUAUACCCCUCUACUAGCCAUGCUCUUGACUCCCAAUAUUUACUUGUUUCGUGCAUUCGGGAAAUGCAUCUUUGUCGGUGCCGAUCUAUUGGUGGGAUGGUUGUUGCAUCGCAUUCUGACGCUCCGUGGCAUGCCCAGCAAGCGUGCCUUGUUAUAUACUUCGUUAUGGCUUCUCAAUCCCAUGGUGGCCAACAUAUCCACACGAGGAAAUUGCGAAUCCAUUCUAGGCUGUCUCGUACUCGGCACGAUGUACUUACUCUUGAUUCGACAUUUUUACGCUGCCUGUGCUUGUUUUGGUUUGGCAGUUCAUUUGAAGAUAUACCCCGUCAUUUAUGCUGCUCCGUUAUUGGUCCUUUUGGACGAGAAGUAUGGGCUUCCUAUCAACUGGCCAAACAUGCUGUGGACCUAUGAACGUUUAAGAAUUCAAGUGUUACGACUUUAUUUGGAUGAUGAUGAAAAGGCGGAUGAUGUACUUGCUGAAGACGAUAACGAUCGACUAGACAAUCUCGUGGACAAAUCAUCCAGAGUUUUGAGCCGUGCCCUUCGACAUGGAUUGAUGUUUCUAUCGCCGACAAGAGUCUCAUUUGCCGUUGUUAGUGCCGCUGUGUUUUUUGCUCUGGGUGGUUUGAUGUAUAGCAUGUAUGAAGAUCAAUUCCUUGAACACACUUAUUUUUAUCAUGUUACUCGCAAGGAUCACCGGCACAACUUUUCAGUGUGGUUCUAUCACAUCUAUCUUACAUUUGGCAGCAAUGAGGCCCACAUUCUUAGCCUUUUAACGUUUUUCCCGCAAUUGGUACUGGUGAUGGCAAGCGGAUUUGCUUUCGGAAAAGACAUCUUUUUUGCUUGUUUCAUCCAAACCUUUUUAUUUGUUACCUUCAACAAGGUUUGCACGUCGCAGUACUUUAUGUGGUAUCUCUGUUUGUUGCCUCUGGUCUUACCCUCUACUAAGAUUUCCUUCCGAUGGAUGGGGUUAUGUCUCAUUGUUUGCUGGGUUGUCACACAGGCAGCGUGGUUAUACUUUGCAUAUCAUCUCGAGUUUGAAGGUGAAAAUACCUUCUUCUCAUUGUGGCUGGCAGGACUGGCUUUCUUUGGGUGCAACUGUUGGAUCGUAGUGGAACUCAUUAAUAACCAUCGAUUUGAGAACGUUUUCGGAGCAUCAGGCCGGAUUCGCUGGUGUUGGGGAAACGGCGAACCUAAGCAGCAACAGCCAAGCGACGCAGCAAACAACGAACGCAUGGUUCCUCAUCCCCACCCAUUAUAAUAAACAGCUGCAUAAAACGUUUAAUUUCUUUCCUGCGCUUCAUUCUGUUUUCCACACAAGUUGUCUUAUCAUUGAUAGCAUUUGGGGGGUUCGAUAAGCGGUAAUACGCGCGGCUUUAUAUAUAAUUUUAUUGUAC